UUUUUCAGAUGCUCAGAGCUCAAGCUUUCAUGGCGAUGCCAAUUGUGAAUUUCGCAGAAAACAAAAUAUUUGCAGAAAACGAAUUAUGAGAUCGCUUUUACCCAAUAAGAGAGAGACGGAUCCUCUCACUCAUCAAAAGAAAUAAAAAAAAAAACCGGGAUCAGAUGCUAUUUACCUCAAAAAGAAAGAAAAGAAAUGAACAGAUCAGUCGAUCACAAUUUUUUCAAAAAGGGAAAGAAAAUAAUAAUGAGUUCCUUUUUCAAAACCCAUAUUCAAUCCUUUGUCUUUGAAUUCCCACUCCUUUUCACAGUACAGCUGAGAGUUGCGGGGUCCAUUGAGACCCCAAAAAGAAGAAACCCUAAAAAGUUUCAAAGCCUCAAAAAUGGAAGCGUGGCCCUUUUGCUUUAAAGCCAGUUCAAUUGAGACAAAGAAGCACAUCAUGCCCUAGCUUUAAUCCAGAGGCCAAACUGUUCUUGCUGGACCUUGUCAAGAAGUGGUUAGGGCUCUUUUUCUUCACCUUUUUUACUUCCCUUUCGAUAAAUUCUGAUAUCAUAAGUUUGGAGAGAAAAUAUUCAGGAAAAGGAUGUCACUAUCUGCUAAGGAUGUUGAUGCGGCUUUUUAUGGGGCUGGCCAGCAAGUUGGGUUGGAAAUUUGGUGUGUAGAAGACCAUGGUUUGGCUCCAGUCCCAAAGUCAUCAUAUGGGAAAUUUUAUACUGGAAGUUCAUACAUAAUACUGAAUACAGUUUUACUCAAGAGUGGCAUCUUUCAGCAUGAUAUUCAUUAUUGGUUGGGCAAGGACUCCAAAGAGGUUUAUUGUACCUUGGCAUCAGAUAAAGCUGUUGAAUUAGAUACCGCCUUGGGAUGCCGUGCUGUGCAGUACAGGGAAGUUCAAGGCCACGAAACUGUGAAAUUCUUGUCGUACUUUAAGCCUUGUAUCAUUCCUAUUGAAGGGGUUUUUUCUUCCAAAUUUGGACUAUCUAGGAACGAAACAUACCGAAUCUGCUUGUUAACAUGCAAAGGAGAACAUGUUGUUCGUGUAAAAGAAGUGCCCUUCACUCGAUCAUCCCUAAAUCAUGAUGAUGUAUUUGUUCUUGAUACGGAAUCAAAAAUAUUCUUGUUUAGUGGAUGUAACUCCAGCAUACAAGAAAGAGCUAAAGCUUUGGAAGUUGUUCAGUAUAUUAAAGAUCACAAUCACAAUGGGAGGUGUGAAGUGGCCACUGUAGAGGAUGGGAAAUUUGUUGGUGAUUCUGACGUUGGAGAAUUUUGGACCUUCUUCGGAGGUUAUGCUCCCCUUGCAAAGGACCCAACCCAUGUCAGUUACAUACAGCCAAAAGUUUGUGAUGUAAAGCUACAUUGGAUAGCUAAAGGUGAAGCAAAAUUCGUUGCAGAUUCUUCAUUAAAGAAAGAUAUGCUCCACACAGAUAAGUGCUAUAUGUUAGAUUGUGGUGCGGAGAUAUUUGUUUGGAUGGGAAGCAAUACCUCUCUCACAGAGAGAAAGACAUCCAUUUCAGCUAUGGAAGAUAUCGUUCACUCCCUUGAUAGAUCAACAAACUCCCAUGUAAUCUUUUUAACAGAAGGAUCUGAAACUGCAAAGUUCAGGUCAUAUUUUGUUGCAUGGCCCACUGCACAACCAAACUUGUAUCAGGAAGGAAAAGGGAAAGUGGCAGCCAUGUUUAAGCAACAAGGUUUUGAGGUUAAGGAGCUUCCUGAAGAGGACUGCCAGCCAUUUAUAGAUUGUACGGGCAAGAUACAGGUUUGGCGUGUCAAUCUCCAUGAGAAGAUUCCUCUUCCAUCUACUGAAAAUUUUAAGUUUUAUACUGGGGAGUGCUACAUUGUGCAGUACACUUAUCCUGGAGAAGAAAGGGAGGAGUAUCUUUUCUAUCUUUGGGUGGGAUAUAACAGCAUAUUGGAAGAAAGAGUUGAGGCCAUCUCCCUUAUGUGUGCAAUGGCUGACUCACUAAAGGGUCAAGCUGUUCUGGCUCAAAUUUUUGAAGCCAUGGAACCCAUUGAAUUCUUUUCGAUUAUCCAGUCACUCAUUGUAUUCAAGGGAGGGAUGAGUUCUGGGUAUAAGAGGUAUAUUGCUCAAAACAAAAUCAUUGAUGAAACUUAUAACAAAAGCAUGACUGCUCUCUUCCGAAUUCAAGGAUCAAGUGUGGAUAGCAUGCAAGCCAUUCAAGUUGAUCCAGUUUCAAGUUCUCUCAACUCAUCCUAUUGUUACAUAGUACAAACUGGAGCUUCCUUCUUUACUUGGACUGGCAACCUUUCUUCUCCAAAGGACCAAGAUCUUCUUGACAGAAUGCUGGACCAUAUAAAUCCCAAUCAACAAACACGACCAAUUAGGGAAGGCAGUGAGCCAGAUAAUUUCUGGAAUGCUCUUGGUGGAAAAUUGGAUUAUUCAAGGGAGAGAGAAAUAAGAAAAGUUACAGAUGAUCCACAUUUGUUUACCUGUAUUUUUUCAGAAGGUGUUUUAAAGGUCAAUGAGAUAUUCAACUUUUCUCAAGAUGAUUUGAUGACUGAAGAUGUAAUAGUACUAGAUUGCCUUAGCGAAAUAUUUGUCUGGAUCGGGCAAAGUUCAAAUUUUACUGCUAAAAGACAAGCCUUCCUUGUUGGUGAGAAAUUUCUUGAGCUGGACAUUUUUCUUGAAAGAAGAUCAUUGAAGACUCCUAUUUAUGCUGUAAUGGAAGGGUACGAGCCUUCUUUAUUCACUCGGUUCUUUCCAUGGGAUUUCUCAAAGGCAUCUAUGCUUGGGAGCUCUUUUGACAGGAAACUUGCUAUGGUGAAAGGGCUACACCCGAAGAUGACCCCAAAAAGUUCAAGGAAGGUGUAUGGAAUGCACUCCACUGAAAGUACUCCAGAUCGAUCAAGAAGCAAGUCUGUUAGUUCUGAGAGGGAAAGGCAAGUGAGGAGCAAAUCUCCAGCACUCACCGCCAUGGCAUCGAGGUUCGAAACUUCAAAUGGAAGGGGUCUCUCCACCCCACCUCCAGUUGUCCGAAAGCUCUUUCCAAGAUCAUCACCAGAAUCGAGUCCAAGCAAGGAGACUCCCCCUCUUUCACCUGCUAUGGCUGCUUUGCCUCCUCAGUCUCAGCAAUCCAAAAGUAGAGCACCAGAACCCAUGAAAGCAAAGGACGUUCAUUUGAACAUGACAAAUGGCAAAACCGCAGCGAUUAAAGAAGAUGAGGCAGAAAGUCUCGAAGCCAAAGAGGAGUCAAAAAUCUUCACCUAUGAAUGCUUGAAGGUGUCUUCAAAAAGCCCUGUAACUGACAUUGAUGUAACCAGGAGAGAGUCAUAUUUGUCCCAUGAAGAAUUUCAGGAGCAAUUUGGGAUGACAAAGAAGGCCUUUUACCAGCUUCCUAAAUGGAAAAUGAACAAGCAAAAGUUGGCUCUAGAUCUUUUCUGAGUCUAUAGAAAAUAUUGGGACUUUGGAAGAUUAAUGUAUCAAUCAGGUACUGUUAAGUUUCUCUUUGUUCUAGCUAAUGUUUCUCUGUUGAUGAAGCCAUUCUUGCUUCCAUUGAUCUGUUUUCAGGUUUUCUGAGUAUUUGCGAGUGUAUCAUAGCUCUUCUUGUUGUGUUGUUUAUUAAGAAAUUGUGUCCUCUCAUACAUGCUAUGAUGCAUUUCUGUAAACACAAUUGCCAUAUAUGGCUAUUGCCAAGUCCUGAAUUUGUACUCUCUUUCUUUCGCCA